AUGGUGAGAAUUAUUGUAGAUCACUCACUUAUUCUUCUUUAUUCACUUUCAGCAUUUGAGGAGAGCAAAUAUAUCAGCAGCGAGGAGCAGAUGCAAAUAUCGGAAUACAUUAAUGUGGACGAUAAAAUUAUUCAGAGAUGGUUUGAAAUCCGCCGAGCACCAACACAGGAGAGCUGGGAACCAGAAGUAAUUUUACCGGAAGCGAUUGCAAUUUUCGAGAAAGAAUUCACUACAAACCCGAAUCCUUGUAGUCACACUUUGGAGGAACUUCGGAUGAAGACUCACGUACAAGUAGAUUCGAUCAACAAAUGGUUCGAUGAACGUCGAUGUGCUGCCGAACAGAAUAUUAAAUCUGAUUCGGAAGGUUCGGAAGCCAGUUUCUCGUUGUGCAGCUCCUGGGGUGAUACUGACAAAGAAUUGAAAGUGGAUUUGAAAAUGGCCUAGAAAUUAUGCACAAAUUCAAAAUUUUAAACUCUGGUCAAUUAAAAUUGUGUAUUUAAAUUUCAAACUUUGUUCCAUUAAAAUUGUGUUUUUAAAUUGCUCAUAACUGUUAACCAUACAUUUUAUAAGCAUUUGUAUCUUAUAAAUAAAUAAAGAGCGUUACCCGGAC